AUGAACUACGCAGCAGUCAUCAAUGGGCCGUUUUCAAGCAACAGCAACGGCAGCAACCAAUAUCCGCGUGCAGGUUACACACCCAGUUGUUAUGGUCUGCAGACGAACCCGCAAGAGCAAAAUCCACAGAUGAUGCAGUAUCAAACGUUCAAUAGUGGCGCUGGUCAGCCUGUCAAUGUUUACCAACAGUUUUCCCCGACUCCAGUAUCGAAAGAUCCUAGGACAAACAUUCAUAUUGGAAGCAAACUUUUCGUAGGGCAAGUCCCCGCUAUGACCACAGAAGAACAGUUACGACCCGUAUUUGAGCCAUAUGGGGAGCUUUUAGAGGUAAAAAUUAUGCGUGAUCCCUUGGGACGUUCAAAGGGAAGUGCUUGGGUGCGCUACGAGACGAAUGAAAUGGCCAUGAAUGCCAUAAACGCGCUUAACGAGAAGCAUACAGUUCCCCCUCAGACUAAUCCAUUACGAGUACAAUUUGCCACACCCAACAGUGUGAGGCAUCAACAACUUCAACAGCAAGCGAGAUAUGCUGUCGAGCUGAAGGUUCCUAUGAAUCAAUAUAACUUUGGAGGUUCAACGGGUGGCAGUACACAGCAGGGUGGAAUGGUAAUGGUACGACCUGGUGCCUCCCCAAAUGUCGUACCACCUAUUUCUGCGAAUGCUGGGGGACGGUACAUGUCCGCGCCUUUUGGAGGCAGCUCCAUGGAAUCUCCCCCCAUUAUGAGUGGGCCAUACACGUCUUCUGCCAAUCGCUUUGACAACAUUAACGUUCCUGGAAAUCGAAGGGAUUUAUAUUCACCCUUGGAGCAGACGCAGGCCACUGCACCGCAGCUGUAUCAGCAGCAGCAGCAGCAGCAACAACAACAACAACAACAACAACAACAACAACGAGGUGUUUUUUCCAGUCCCAUUGGUAGCCCACCGGGCAUGUACAACCAGAUGCCUUCACGGCAGCAGAACCCUCGGAAUAACGCCAAGAGUGGCGGCGCCGUCAGCAUGGGAUCCUUUGAAACUGGACAUGGAAUGAGCAACCCUAACAGCAACGAAGCAUCCAAUAUGACGAAUGAAAUGCCCACUCUCGAUGCCGGGAUUGCCAUUUGGGAAACGAGGAGCAACAGUGGUUUGCAAGGACAGGAUCAGCGGGAGGCAGCAACGCGAAUUCGGCAGGGUGAAAGGAACGAAGAAGUAACAGGGCCGUGUUGA